AUGUCAUCUCCCACAAUGCAGAGAGCCACUGGCACGCCUCGAAAGCUACGAGCCGGAUCGGGCUCGAGCGCCGGACCUGUCGCCGAGCAGAGUCCCUCGAAGAGAACCCCCCAGAAGCUCCAGGUCCGGAGCCGCAAGCCGAUCGAAGAAGACGUACCCGAAGAGCCGGCCACUCCGUCACCGAAACCACGCAAGACAAUGCAGGGUGAGCAGCGAGAUGUGCCGGAAGAAACACAAUCACAGGCGUCCGGGUCUGUCGGGGGACUGGCGGGUGGCCUGUCCGGUCAGGUAAAGGACACUGCUGGGGCGUUGGCGAGGACCGGUCAGCAGACAGUGGCGACCACUACCGGGGUUGAUUUGUCCUUCUUGAAGGGGCUCGAGGUUAGCGAGUGGGGCCAGGUGCUGGGCGAUGAUGGAAACCCGGUUGGAAGGAUCGUGGAGGGCGAGCCCCAGGAUUUGGUCGGAUACGCUGUUGGCGAUAAUGGCGAGAUCCUGGAUGACGAUGGCGACUUGAUUGGUCGUGUCGAGGCGCUUCCGGAGGCGAUCGAGGAGAAUACAGGACAGGCGACGAAGGCGAUCGCUGGUCUUGCUGAGUUGAAUGGAAUUCCGGUCUCCGAGGGGGGCUUUAUCAAGGACGAGGCUGGGGAGAUAGUCGGCAAGGUUGUGGAAGGGGAUGCUCAGGAUCUUGUCGGUCAUGUGCCUAACGAGAAAGGGGAGAUCCUUGACGGCGAAGGUGACCUUGUCGGACGUGUCGAGCCUGUAUCAAAGCCCACAAGUGCCAGUAGUGCUACCGGAUCCCGAAGGUCGGGUUCUCAGGGCACGAAGAGUGUUGGCAAGAGUGUCAGCGAGGAAGGAACAGGGGAGUUGGACAAAACCGCUUCCGAAACGAAGGAGAUGGAAAGCACGGCGGAAGAGAAGGCCGAAGACGCCCAAGAGCAGCUGCCUCCCCUCUCUACGCUUGAAGGCUUAAAAUGCAACAAGUUAGGCAAGAUCAUCAACCCAUCGACUGGAAAGCCAGUCGGUGAGCUGGUGGAGGGCGACCCGAAGAAGCUGACUCGGCUUGGUGCGACACUCGAUGACCAGGGCCAAUUCUGGGAUAACCGCGGGAAUGUGAUCGGUCGAGCCCAAACGCUUCCCCAGCAGGAAUAUAGUGAAGAACCCCCCUUUGCCGGCUUAGACGGCCUCCAUGUUGUUGAGGACGGAUGGGUGGAAGACAACAAGGGCAAGCGUGUGGGCAAGAUCGUUGAUGGUGAACCUAAGAAGGUCCUCGGUCGCCCGGUUGAUGAGGACGGAGAAGUCACUGACCAGCAUGGAAAUGUCAUCGCGAAGGCCGAAUACUAUGAGCAGCCGGAUGAGCCAGAGCCUGAGGAGCCGGAGGUGGUCGACCUAUCGAGACUGGAUGGACUGACCUGCAACAAGCUGGGCUAUGUUAUGGGACCGAAUGGAGUUCCAAUUGCCCGUGUUGUCGAAGGAAACCCUAAAGAGCUGGCCGGUAAAGAAAUUGACGAUGGCCAGAUCUGGGACGGUCGCAAGCCCAUUGGACGCGUGGAGCUCAUUCCUGAAAAUGAGCGCGAGAAGAAGCCUGAAGGCCCAUUCGCUGGCCUAGAGAACCUGGUUGUGAACAAGGAAGGAUUUGUCCAGGACACCGAUGGUAAUAUUGUUGGCCAGGUGACCGAAGGUGACCUAAAGAACUUGCGCGGGCGCUCUGUGGAUGAGGACGGAGACAUUAUCGACAAGUUUGGUAAUGUGAAAGGACAUGCCGAACCAUACGAGCCUCCAGAAGAGGAGGUUGUUGAAGCAGACUUAUCAAUCCUCGAAGGUAAGAUCGUCAACAAGGCCGGCAAUGUCGUGGACGCCCAAGGAAACGUCUUUGGCCGGAUCACCUCAGGGGACAAGCGACUUGCUGGACGGAAAGUCGAUGGCACAGGCCAAAUCUGGGGUGACGAUGGCAAGGUCAUCGGUAAAGCCGAGCUUGUGCCUGGUGCUGAGCAAGAGAAGCCGGAAGGCGCCUUCUUCGGCUUUGACGACGCGGAAGUUGGCAAGGACGGCGUAGUCACUUCCGGUGGUAAGAUCAUUGGCCGUGUCAUUGAAGGUGACGCCAAGCGACUCCAGGGACGCAAGGUCGACGAAGACGGAGAUAUCUUGGACAAGAAUGGAAACACGAUCGGUCGAGCAGAGCGUUGGGAGCCGGAGGAAAAGCAACGAAGCGUUAACCCUAUGGCAGGUCGCAAGGUUACCCGCGAAGGUGAAGUCCGAGACGUCGACGGGAAUCUGAUCGGAAAGCUGACCUCGGGCAACUUGGCCACGCUCGUUGGCAAGGAGAUUGAUGAUAAUGGCUUCGUCGUGGACAACGAUGGCAACAAGCUGGGCGAGUGUACUCUGCUCGAGAACUUACCCGAGGAGGAGGAAGAUGUCGUCGAGGAGGAGCCAGGCCCAUCGCCAGAAGAGCUCGAGGAGCAAAAGAAGGCUGAAGAGGAUAAACAGCUGGCGAAGAAGAUGAGUGCCAUUAUCGGACAAACGUUGGAUCGUGUUCGGCCGAUCUGCAAGAUGAUUACAGAGCACAUCGAGAGAGCUGAGCGUACUCCCAAAGAAGAAUUGGAUGAAGAACGGCUGGUAAAAGAUGUGAAGCCGUUGCUGGAAGAGGGUGGUCGAAUCCUCCAAGAAUGCAACGGCGCCAUCCGGGCUCUUGAUCCAGAUGGUCGUAUUGCAGCGACAGCGAAGGCUCGCGCUGCCUCCCACGAAGCGUCUCCCGAAGAGUAUGCUCUUGCCGAUCAGAUCAAAGAAAUGGCAGAUACCGUCGUUAGUUGCAUUGAGAAUGGGAAGAAGAAGAUCGCCGAUAUGCCUCAUGCAAAGAGGCAGUUGAACCCCCUCUGGGCCCUUCUCAGCGAGCCUUUGUUCCAGAUCAUCGCCGCUGUGGGCUUACUUCUGACCGGCGUGCUUGGGCUUGUUGGCCGCUUGCUUGAGGGUCUCGGUCUGGGGCCUCUUGUGCAUCGCUUGCUCGGUGGCUUGGGUCUUGACAAGCUGCUUGAUAGUCUGGGGUUAACUUCCAUCACUGACGCUCUUGGCAUAACUGGCAAGAAGAAAUAG